AUGACUUCUCCGAUGGUGGCGGAGGGCCUCGCUGUGACGGCGUUACGGUCGGUGAUGCUCCGGGUGCAGCAGGCGGCGGAGCGAUCCGGCUCCAAACCCGACCGGGUCCGGGUCGUGGCGGUUUCCAAGACGAAACCCGUCACUCUGAUUCAACAACUCUACGACGCCGGUCACCGGUGCUUCGGCGAAAACUACGUCCAAGAAAUCGUUGAAAAAGCUCCUCAGCUUCCACAAGACGUUGAGUGGCAUUUCAUUGGGCACUUGCAAAGCAACAAAGUUAAAACGCUUUUUGGUGGUGUUCCAAAUCUGGCCAUGUUUGAGAGUGUGGACAAUCAGAAGAUAGCAAAUCAUCUUGAUCGUAUGGUAUCAACCCUUGGAAGAGAUCCUCUGAAGGUUUUGGUGCAAGUAAAUACCAGCGGAGAAGAAUCCAAAUCUGGUGUUGAUCCUUCCAAUUGUGUUGAGCUUGCAAAACAUGUGAAAUUGAGCUGCCCAAACCUAGUGUUCUCUGGCUUAAUGACAAUAGGAAUGGCAGACUAUACCUCAACCCCACAGAACUUUCAGACCCUGUCAAAUUGCAGAACUGAAGUAUGUAAGGCACUUGAAAUGCCCGAGGAGCAAUGUGAACUGUCAAUGGGCAUGUCUGGCGAUUUUGAGUUAGCGAUUGAAAUGGGUAGUACUAAUGUGCGAAUUGGGUCCACAAUAUUUGGACCGAGGGAAUAUCCAAAGAAACAAGAAUAG